GCAGCCAGGCGUUCACACCAGCGGACGGACGGGCGGACGGGACCCGACACCGGGGGGUCCGAAGCGGCCGAGGCGACCCAGAGCCCCAGCACAGCCACCGCGGGGCACCAGCGCCGCGUCCGCCCCGCGCCAUGACGCGGGAGGAGUCGUGCAGGGAGGAGCCCGGCUAUGACCGGAUGGCCACCCUGGAGCGGGGGCGGCCCGACGCGGGGAGCUACGCGGACGCCAAGCCCGGCGACCGGCCGCUGUCCCCGAGGCUGCCCCCCUGCUUCAGUCAGAAGACGUGGGUCUUCUCCGUGUUGAUGGGGGGCUGCCUGCUUGUGACCUCGGGGUUUUCGCUGUACCUGGGAAACGUGUUUCCUUCCGAGAUGGAUUACUUGCGUUGCGCUGCAGGCUCGUGCAUUCCCGCGGCUGUUGUAAGCUUCGCUGUUUCCAGGAGAAACGUCAACGUGAUCCCGAGUUUUCAGAUGCUGUUUGUUUCCACGUUCGCUGUGACCACCACGUGUCUGAUCUGGUUUGGAUGCAAACUUGUCCUGAACCCGUCAGCGAUAGACAUAAACUUCAACCUGAUCCUGCUGCUGCUGCUGGAGCUGCUCAUGGCGGCCACGGUGAUCGUCUCCGCGAGGUCCAGCGAGACGCCAGGCAGACCCAAGGGCUCUAUCCCUGACAACACCAACACUCUGUACGAAGUGACGUUUCCUACGCGGGUCCUGAAGUCCUACUCAGUCAUCGAGGUGAUUGCCGGUGUCUCCGCCGUCCUCGGCGGGGUCAUCGCUCUGAACGUGGACGACGCCGUCUCCAGCCCGCACCUCUCAGUGACGUUCUUUUGGAUCUUAGUGGCCUGUUUUCCAAGUGCCAUUGCCAGUCACGUGACAGCAGAGUGUCCCAGCAGGUGUCUGGUGGAGGUGCUGACGGCCAUCUGCAGCCUCUCGGCGCCGCUGCUCUUCACGGCCGCCGGCUACCUGACCGUCAGCGUGAGGCGAGUCCUGGAGGUGUUCGAAGGCUACCCUCCCGCCUUCAAGUCCCACGACGUGCUCCUGCUGCUGCUGCUGCUGGAGCUGCUGCUGCAGGCCGGGCUGCACACGGGCACCAUCGUCCAGUGCGCCAGCUUCAAGGCGGCCGGCCCGCGGGAGCGCCCUGCCGCCCAGGUGGCCAGAAGCCCCCUGAAGGAGUUUGACAAGGAGAAGGCCUGGAGAGCCGUGGUGGUGCAAAUGGCCCAGUGACGGGGGCCCGGCGCGGGACCCCGCCCAGGCCUAGUGUCCCGAGCUACUGCUUCCUAACCCUUUCCUGCUGUGAGGGCGGCGGCUGCGCGGUGGACUUUAAUUUCUGGACGGGCAAGUGCCGACUGUCUUGUGCUUGCGGGUCAGUCGGCUCCGUGCCGGGCGAAGCAGGGCUUGUCUGGGGGCUGGGCUCCGGCUCCGGCCUCGGCCUCCUGUUGCUGUGACCUGCUGCCGGCGCCUGCUCCUCCCGUCCUGCCCCGGGGCCCUGCCUAUCUCUGCGGAGCGCCUGCUGUGUGCAGACCGCGCGCGCCGGCUCAGCUGUCGCGGCCUUUCUGCUCUGCGCUGGGCCCGGGCCGGGUCCCCGCCCGGCACUGUCUCCUGGACAAGGGCAGGUCUGAGCCUGUCCUGUGUCCAGACCCCAAGACACUGCUGCCCCCAGAGCCUGCACACAGGGCAGCCGGCCACGCCUCCCCACCGCUGUCCCCCAGGCCCGCCGCCGGCCUCUCGCUGUUAGCCGAGCCGUUGCGGAGGACCCCGCCUGCUCGGGCACUCGGCCCUGUGUCGGGCAGCUGUCUGUACUUGUCACCGGCCGCUUCCCACCCCCAGCCCUUUGUCAGCAGCCUCACGGAGCUCAGCCUGUCCACGGUGCCAGCUCCGUGACCCUCGGAGCGGGGCCGCCUCAACGGCUUUGUGAGCUGACUGGGCUGCGUCUCUGCCUCUUGGCCUCGGUGGCCUGGGGUCUCCCCAGGCCGGGCCACUGGCAUCGCCUGCAAGACGGACCGCACGGAGCCCUCAUCCCCUGCUAACAAGUAGUUCGCCUCGAUCCUCACUCACCUGGGGUUCCGGGGGGCUGGGCUGGGGGUCUCCUCCAUCCACCACCACCCGCUCGCCGACUGCAGGGACAGUUUGGGUGUGA